AUGGUGCACUGGAGUGCCGAGGAGAAGCAGCUCAUCACCAGCGUGUGGAGCAAGGUCAACGUGGAGGAAUGCGGGGCCGAGGCUCUGGCCAGGCUGCUCAUCGUCUACCCCUGGACCCAGAGGUUCUUUUCCUCCUUCGGUAACCUCUCCAGCCCCACCGCCAUCCUCGGCAACCCCAAGGUCCGUGCCCACGGCAGGAAAGUGCUCACCUCCUUCGGGGAGGCCGUGAAGAACCUGGACAACAUUAAGGCCACCUACUCCAAGCUGUCAGAGCUGCACUGCGAGAAGCUGCACGUGGACCCCGAGAACUUCAGGCUCCUUGGGGACAUCCUCAUCAUCGUCCUGGCUGCCCACUUUGCCAGCGAUUUCACCCCUGCUUGCCAGUUUGCCUGGCAAAAGCUGGUCAGCGUCGUGGCUCACGCCCUGGCCCGCAGGUACCACUGA